UGCGUUCAUACAUGUGGUUGAGAGAGGACAACGGUGGGAGGGGAGGGAGAGGAAAAACGCUGAAGCAGAAUCCCCGCUUUCUUUCUCUCUCCCUCUCUUCUCUUUCUGUUCCCCGAACGCAGCGCGCGUAUCCCACUCACUGAGCGCGAGGCUCCGCGGCACGCGCACACACGCCUGCUCACACACUCACGCACAGUCACACUCACACAGAACCAGCCGAGACAGGGAAGAAUGAGGAAGAACUCGCACGCACGUUUCACCUCUCUCAGAUUUGCUGAUAAAGCAUCAGAUAUUUGAACGCUACGGGUCUGUUUGGGGAAAAACAAACGCGUAUAUGGAAAGCGGAGGGUGUAUAUGUGCAUAUAUUACUCGCGCGGGUCUCUAAUCUCUCCUCCAUCUCAUAUAUAAAAACUAAACUAAUGCGAGCUGGGAUACUACUGACGGCUUCCGACACGCACAGUCUCCGUUAACUCUCCUGCUGCCGCUGUCCCUCAGACUGACUACUUCCCGGAGUACCGUUACGCAGAAGUUUGCCGCCGAGUAAGGAAAGAUGAGGCAUCGUGAGACCUCCCCACGCCUCUUCCUGACCUUUCAGUGUCUAGUCCUUUUGGUUAUAGUGGUCCACAAUGUCCACCAUGUGACAGCCGAACAUGCCCCAGAUCACAGCCAGGAUCAUAGUUCUCCUGCCAACAAAUCUUUGAGCUGUGGGGGCGGCUCAGCCAUAUGUGCCCCUGGAGUCAUCCUUCCAGUGUGGGAACCCCCAAAUCCUUCCUUUGGGGACAAGGUAGCCCGGGCCACCGUUUACUUUGUGGCACUGGUAUACAUGUUUCUGGGGGUUUCGAUUAUUGCUGAUCGCUUCAUGGCAUCUAUCGAGGUCAUCACCUCACAGGAAAAGGAGAUCACCAUUAAGAAACCAAAUGGUGAAACGACCACCACAACUGUACGCAUCUGGAAUGAAACCGUGUCCAACCUUACCCUCAUGGCUCUGGGUUCUUCGGCUCCUGAAAUUCUGCUGUCGGUCAUUGAAGUGUGCGGCCAUAACUUUGAAGCUGGUGACCUCGGUCCCUCUACCAUCGUCGGCAGUGCAGCUUUCAACAUGUUUGUCAUUAUUGGAAUCUGUGUCUAUGUGGUGCCCGACGGAGAACAUCGCAAAGUGAAACACCUGCGUGUGUUUUUUGUUACUGCUGCUUGGAGCAUUUUUGCCUAUUUGUGGAUGUACCUGAUCUUGGCUGUUUUGUCACCUGGUAUUGUCCAAGUGUGGGAGGGUCUUCUCACUCUUUUCUUCUUUCCCAUUUGCGUGGUCUUCGCUUGGAUCGCUGACCGCCGCCUCCUGUUUUACAAGUAUGUUUACAAGCGCUACCGAGCUGGCAAGCACCGUGGCAUGAUUAUCGAGACAGAGGGGGACCGGCCUUUACCAUCCAAGGUGGAUAUCGAGAUGGAUGGGAAAAUGCUGAACUCCCAUGCCGUGGACUUCUUGGAUGGAACUCUGGCUUUGGAACUGGAGGAUAAAGACCUGGAUGAGGAUGAAGCUAGACGUGAAAUGGCGAAGAUCUUGAAGGAACUGAAGCAGAAACAUCCAGAUAAAGAGGUGGAGCAGUUGAUUGAGCUAGCUAAUUACCAGGUGCUCAGCCAGCAGCAGAAGAGCCGUGCAUUCUACCGAUGCCAGGCAACCCGCUUGAUGACCGGAGCAGGUAACAUUCUGAAGAAACAUGCGGCAGACCAGGCUCGUAAAGCAGUGAGCAUGCAUGAGGUACGCAGUGACACUGGUGAGAAUGACCCAAUUUCUAAGAUCUUUUUUGACCCUUGCUCAUACCAGUGCCUGGAAAACUGUGGCACCGUGGCAGUGAAUGUGAUCCGUCGUGGAGGCGAUCUCAAUCAAACCGUGUCCGUGGAAUUUCGCACUGAAGAUGGAACCGCAAAUGCUGGCUCAGACUAUGAGUUCACUGAAGGUACCGUUGUUUUCAAGCCUGGUGAGACACAGAAGGAAAUCCGAGUUGGAAUUAUUGACGAUGACAUCUUUGAAGAAGACGAGAACUUCCUCAUCCACCUAAGCAAUGUCCGUGUGGUUCAUGAGGGUGAUGAGCCAGAGACCACUGAAGCCAAUCAUGUGGAGACCAUUGCAACACUCGGUCUGCCCUCCACAGCAACAGUCACCAUCUUUGACGAUGACCAUGCUGGAAUCUUCACAUUUGAAGAGCCGGUCACCCAUGUGAGUGAGAGUGUGGGUGUCAUGGAAGUGAAGGUCCUGCGUACGUCUGGUGCCCGUGGGGUGGUGUCAGUGCCAUAUAAAACCAUUGAGGGAACAGCCCGUGGAGGGGGAGAGGACUUUGAAGACAGCCAUGGUUUUCUGGAGUUCCAAAACGACGAAAUUUUGAAGACGAUAACAGUCAGGGUUCUCAAUCGAGAGGAGUACCAUAAGCAAUGCAGCUUUUUCAUAGAGCUACAGACGCCACUUUGGAGAAGGAGAGGAUGGACAGUAUACAGAGACGAGGAGAAGGAGGUGGUGAAAGAAGAGGAGGAGCCUCUGACAGGUGAAGAAGAGGAAGAACGCCGCAUUGCUGAGAUGGGAAAACCAAUGCUUGGAGAUCACCCCAGAGUAGAGGUUAUCAUCGAGGAGUCCUAUGAAUUUAAGAACACCGUUGAUAAGCUGAUUAAAAAGACAAACUUGGCUCUUCUGGUUGGCACCAACAGCUGGAGGGACCAGUUUAUUGAGGCCAUUACGGUCAGUGCUGGUGAGGAUGAUGAUGAUGAAGAAUGUGGAGAAGAGAAGCUUCCCUCCUGCUUCGAUUAUGUCAUGCAUUUCCUAACCGUCUUCUGGAAAGUUCUCUUUGCUUUCGUGCCACCGACCGACUACUGGAACGGUUGGGCGUGUUUCGUGGUGUCAAUCAUUAUGAUUGGCGUCCUGACGGCUUUUAUCGGUGACCUGGCAUCUCAUUUCGGCUGCACCAUCGGUCUCAAAGACUCAGUCACAGCAGUGGUGUUUGUGGCACUGGGCACUUCAGUACCAGACACAUUUGCCAGUAAAGUGGCAGCGAUACAGGAUCAGUAUGCCGAUGCAUCCAUUGGAAACGUGACGGGCAGCAACGCCGUGAACGUGUUCCUGGGCAUCGGAGUGGCCUGGUCCAUCGCCGCCAUCUACCACAACUCAAAGGGCAACGAUUUCAGGGUGGAGCCAGGAAACCUGGCCUUCUCCGUCACCCUCUUCACCAUCUUCGCCUUCAUCUGUGUGGCGGUGCUCAUGUACCGGCGCCGGCCCGAUAUCGGCGGUGAGCUGGGGGGUCCGCGGACUGCGAAAGCGCUGACCACAAUGCUCUUCGUCAGCCUUUGGCUCCUCUACAUCCUCUUCUCCUCUCUGGAGGCUUACUGCCACAUCAAGGGCUUCUAAACAUGCACUCACAUGCUCACACACACACACACACACAGAACUACACAGACACACACAAACACAUUCAUGCAUUCUGGGGAAAACUAACAAGGACUGCAGAGGAAGGCAACAGCGGUGGAUGAUGGUUUUCCACAGACCAUCUUUUCUCCACACAUCAUUUGUUCAUCUUCAUCUUCCUCCGCUCAACGACUGCAUCUGAUUGGACCACAGUGUCCAGACAUCAAAAUCUAGACUAUGAAAUUGCUACCUUUA